AUGUCUGUUGUAUCUGUUGCUGAACAGAUGUUUUAUUUUCUCAUACCCAUGCUAUUGGUGGGAUCUGUCUUUGGCCAAGAUUCUGGGGAGAUAUUUCAGAAUGACUGUGAAGAAGUAGGCACUGAAAGCGCCUUAAACCUUAAUUUUGAUGACCCAAAUAAGUUACAAACCUCCUCUCUGAGUGACUGUAACUUAAACGAGUGCCACAAUGUCACAGAUACAGACGUUAUUAUUGACAGAAAAUGUCCUGGGGAUGAGAAAUGCUCUUACAGAUUUUUUAGAUGUUGCCAAAGCUUUCAGUCAGCUCAGCACACCUGCAGAUGUAUCAGAGGAAACCUUACUUCAAUUCAUAAUCAAUGUACAAAUCAUCAUAUUAAGCAAUUUGUGAAUCAACAAUGUGUAAAUGUUGGUUUAGUCUGGAUUGGAGUGUGGAAACCAAACCAAUGCAAUGGAUAUCAAAAUGUAGAUGGUAGUUGCUUGAAUUACACCAACUGGGCAUGUGGACAUCCUCAACGACAUGGGAGAAAGUGUACUGCCUUAAAUGUGAAAAAUGGCCGGUGGUACACCUUAAACUGUUGCAGACGACUGCCCUUUGUCUGUGCUGUCUAAGACAAUUUCCAGCUGCACCUGCAUUACAUUGUAUUUUCAGUGUGUAGUUCUUUGCAUGUGUGUCUACGAAUGCAAUUUCAAUAAAGCUUUGUGCAGAA